CUCGAGGAGGAGCAGGAGGAGACUGGGACAAGGGGACAGAAGACAGGACUGUGAGAUAACUUUGCCGUUUUCAGACAUUUGCCACUGACGACCGACUUAUUCCUAUCGGGGGAUAUAUUUUGAUACCCAGUAAUAGCGCUCGGUGGUUGGAACGUGAACUUGUUUGCCUCGUACGUUUGACCGCUGCCUGUGUCCUACGGUUAGCCUUAGCUGCUAAGUGCUAACUUAGCAAGCUAACGUUUUCACGUCAGUCUGACAGUAGAGAAGCGUUAGCAUCGAUGCUAACCCGGUAUCCAGGCUGGCAAACAUUCUGUGGCGAACUUUAAAGAAGCAACUUUAAUAAAUCUGAGGAUGUCUUUGAAUGAUGAGGGUUACGUGGUCCGGAUCAGAGGACUUCCCUGGUCCUGCACUCAGGAGGAGGUGGCCAGUUUCUUCUCUGACUGUGACAUCGUAGGGAAAGUAAAUGGAGUGUGUUUCACUUACUCUAAAGAAGGCCGUCCCAGUGGAGAGGCAUUUAUUGAGCUGAAAACAGCAGAAGAUUUCAAGAAUGCACUGUCUAAGGACCGUAAAUACAUGGGACACAGAUAUAUAGAAGUGUUCAAGUCGAACCGUAGUGAGAUGGACUGGGUGCUGAAGCGUAGUGGUCCUGCUGACUAUGACAGCUGCAGUGGCUGCAUGCUGAGACUCAGAGGUCUGCCCUUUGGCUGCAGCAAAGAGGAGAUUGUUCAGUUCUUCUCAGGGUUGAGAAUCGUGCCAAAUGGGAUUACUCUGCCAGUGGACUACCAGGGGAGGAGCACAGGGGAAGCCUUCGUGCAGUUUGCCUCAAAGGAGAUAGCAGAAAAGGCUCUGGGGAAACACAAGGAAAGAAUAGGGCACAGGUACAUAGAGAUUUUUAAGAGCAGUCGUAAUGAGAUCAGAGCCUACUAUGAGCUGCCCCGGCGGGGAAUGGGAGGCCAGAGACCAGGGCCCUAUGACAGACCUAUGAUGGGGGGCCCCAGGGGAGGGUUUUUUGGGCCAGGGCCUGGCCGCGGUGGAGCUCUGAUGGACACGAUGAGGAGUGGAGGAGGUUAUGGUGGAGGUUACAGCGGCUUUGACAACUACAAUGGUUUCAACAACUACUGUUUUGGCAACGGCAUGUUUGACGAGCGAGUGAGAGGAGAGAGGGGAGGAAGAGAUGUGUCUGUGCGUUUCCACUCAGGGAUGGGAGGUCAUGGUUAUGGUGGACAAGGGGACGGUGGCUCAGGCUUUCAUAGCGGCCAUUUUGUCCAUAUGAGGGGUUUACCUUUCCGUGCCACAGAGGGAGACGUUGCUAAAUUCUUUUCUCCUUUGAAUCCGUUGAGGGUUCACAUCGAUAUGGCUCCGAACGGCAAGUCGACUGGAGAAGCAGAUGUAGAGUUUCGCUCCCAUGAAGACGCUGUGGCAGCCAUGUCCAAAGACAAAAACCACAUGCAGCAUCGUUACAUUGAGCUGUUUCUUAACUCAACGGCCAGUGGAGCGACUGAAAUGAGCCGUGGCGGUGGUGGUUACUAUGGUAACUCGGGAGGAGGCGGAGGCUCACGGAGCAGUGGGCUGCGAGGUGCCUACUGAUGAUGUCAUGCCACUCCUCCAAUCCAUCCUGGCGUUUGUCUCACAUCUCUUUAGGCCCCAUUUGAUAAGUUAGCGUUUCUAAACAGGAAAGCUGAUGCAGAGUCACUCAUUUGUUACGUGACAAAUGUUUUAGGUAAAGCAAGCUAUCGUAAAGCUUUACCCCACAUACAAAACCAAAUACGACCUUAACAAUCUUCACAUCAUUCCUAAAAGCAUACAAAGAACACAAAGACUAAAACAGCUUGUCGCUGUUGGGAGGUGCAGAACAUGGAUGAUGGGUCACGAUGGAGAUUUCAUCUGUAUCUGACGUUUUAAAAACAUUUGAAUAUUGUAAUAUAGUUUAUCAUAAUUCAUACAAAUACAAAAAGACAGUGUUGACACAUGAAGUCACUUUUUGUGGUCUGAUUAAGAGUAAUCAGUUUUGAUUGACAUAGGACACAGUAAGCAGCUGUGUCGUUUGUUUCAUCUUUCAGAAACAAACUGCACUGUCGGGACGAGCUCGGUCUCUUAGAGUCUAAUUACUUGUUACGUCACUUUGACUCGGAAUAUGUGUUGACGUUAAUGAUGAGUUUUUCUCUUGAUGAGAAUUUUUUAUGUUUUAAAAAAAAAUUAACUACAGUUUUUUGCCUAUUGCUGUUUCUCACCCUGACUGAUUCAUAUUCGAUUUCAGAUCAGCUUUCCUGGUUGGAAAGGCUUUCUAAAUGUGAGCCAGUGUGCGUUUUUUAUGUAUGUUUUCACAGUUCAUUACAGAAUUUAAAGUUAAGUUGAAUAUUAUAUUCCACUCUCAAAGAGUGGAAGGGAAAUAAAUUCUCUAUAUUUGAGCUGUAAUAUAGCUUAUGCAGCUGUUGUACAUUUUGCCUAAUAAAUUUUAUAUUUAAUUGUU